AUGGCCGUACCACUCAUUAUUGUCGGAAGUUAUAAUUUAUUUACUCUCAUUUACAAAUCUCUCUACGUGAUAAAUGUUCAUAUCCAAAUGGCUCGUUCUAUUCAGUAUAUGGACGCUGUGCAAAGCGUGUACGAUCUGCUCCAAUAUAUUGUUGACAUGUGGUACGUUUUCAAGUAUGGCGCCGAUAUCUGCCGGGAGUACAUCAACCGGUACUGCUACAUGGACGGUCUGUUGGGCAUGAAGUACUACUCAGAUAUUAAGAGCUCGCUAGUGAAGUUUCUGUGUUUCAUUGUUACCCUAUGGUUUAUCACGAGCCUCUACGAUUAUCUGAAAAAUGUUAAAUUGUUCAGGUGUUACUACUUGUUGAUAUCAGAACAAGUAAAGUUUAUUAAUCGAAUGUUUGGAAUGCGGAUACUACUCAAUACUUUAAGUUUGCUUAUUGAUAUGGUUCGCUUGAUAAAUCUUACAGUGAGAGUUGCAGUUGGAUUACAGGUAACGACCGUAACGUUUUACCCUGCGAUAGGAUCUUUGGUCAAAGUUCUGAUGUGUGCUGUUUUAUUGAUCUCCAUUGUGUGGCGCAGUGAGAAGGCUUACGAACAGAGAAGCAGGCUGAUGUGUCUUAUUGAUAACCUCCUUGUCAAUAAGAAGAUUGAUGAAAGUAUAGUAGAGGACAUCAAGGAUUUUCACUCCCUGAUACAAGCCCGCCCGAUCUCGUUCAGUAUGGCUAACUUUGUCCGGAUUGAUAAUUCGUUUCUUGUUUCCAUUGUGUCUGCUGUUGUUACGUACUCUAUAAUAUUGUUACAAAGUGUCAAUUAA